AUGAGCUGUAUUCCGGCAUCGCACAGUAUGACGCUCAUUGGACAAGGGGAGCCACCGCCGGAGGACACGACCAGCCAGAGGAGGGGGAGCAGAGCUUAUCAGAUCUUUCCAGAAGCCAACGAUGACGACUCAGACUCAUACCCGGAGGACUUCCUGUACCGUAGGGAGCGCCUGCCCUCCAUCGUGGUGGAGCCCACAGAGCAGAGCGAGGCUGAGAGUGGGGAGCUGCGAUGGCCCCCGCGGAGGAAUAGCCUGGAGGGAGAGGAAGAGGACAGCCAACUCUCUGAGAGCACUGUGGACGGGGACGCCGACGACAUGGACCAGGGCUGCAGCUCCCGGAAAUCUUCCAUCGGACCGUCCCAGAGUCAGAUGUCGCUGUCCCGCCUCACCCCCCCGGCUUCGCCCACCCCUCCAGAGUCGGCCCCGCCCUGUCUACGAAGCUGA